GCGCUGCCAGAUACGACACCUCGGCGUAAAGCGAGGUGACCCUCUUCCUUUUUGCGUUCGCUCACGGCGAGGGAUACGCAACCACAGAUAUGGGACGAGUUAUCCGGGCCCAGCGUAAGGGAGCUGGAAGCGUCUUCCGCUCCCACAACAAGCACAGGAAAGGAGCCCCCAAGCUCCGAGCCGUUGACUACGCUGAGCGUCAUGGCUACAUCAAGGGAAUAAUUAAGGAAAUUCUGCACGAUCCCGGCCGUGGUGCCCCCCUUGCACGGGUUGUGUUCAGAGACCCGUACCGGUACAAGCUCAAGAAGGAGCUGUUCCUUGCGGCUGAAGGAAUGCACACGGGCCAGUUUGUCUACUGCGGCAAGAAGGCUGCCCUCCAGGUGGGCAAUGUGCUUCCCGUGGGUGUUAUGCCUGAAGGCACUGUGAUCUGCAAUGUUGAGGAGAAAGCCGGAGACAGGGGCCGCCUGGCACGUACAUCUGGCAACUACGCCACGGUGAUUGCGCACAACGCCGACACACGUAAGACGCGCAUCAAGCUUCCAUCGGGCGCCAAGAAGGUGCUGCCCUCCGCCAACCGUGCCAUGGUAGGCAUCAUUGCCGGUGGCGGUCGUGUUGAGAAGCCCAUCCUCAAGGCUGGCCGUGCGUACCACAAGUACAAGGCAAAGCGCAACUCCUGGCCCAAGGUCCGGGGUGUUGCCAUGAACCCCGUCGAGCACCCUCACGGUGGUGGCAACCACCAGCACAUUGGCAAGGCCUCAACCGUCAGAAGGGAUGCCUCUGCUGGUCGCAAGGUCGGUCUCAUCGCUGCCAGGCGGACGGGUCGUAUCCGUGGUGGCAAGGUCAAUGCCCAGGGCAAGGACGAUUAGGCUUGUCUUGGGUGUUUGUGUUAAUAAUAAAACAGGAUGCCUCGACCAAAAC